GUGAGCUCACCGACGCCUGCCACUUGAUAGCAAAAGUUCCAACUUUUUGCUGUGCCGAGAACGCCCCUAGAGAGGAGAAAUGCCCUAUUGCCAUGAAUGCAUCAUUACAAACUCCGCCCCGUAACCUAAAAGUGAAACAAAACUUGAAACCGACCGUAAGAAUGGCCGGCCCGGAAGUGGGGGUGUUGUUGGAAGACUGCCUCAGGUCAGUAACAGCAGAAGCUUCCAUAGAGGACACUGACAGGCAGAAGUACUGCAGCUUAAGAGACUCCUUGUGUGCCGAGUUGGCCUCUCUCCUGCAGGAGGCCAUGGAGAUGAGGUGGCCCUUUGUGCCUGAGAAGUGGCAGUACAAGCAGUCCAUCUGCACCGACGACAAGACCAACCUGAGUGACCUCAUCAGCCAGCACCUACCCCAGCUGCUGAAUGUCCUCAAGGCCUCCAUCGUGGCCCAGGAGGCACACGCGGCACUCGCAGUGAUUUUUCUGGUAGACCGUUUCCUCUACUGGACCGACGAGUCCAGCCGAUUGUUGGAGGUCGCCAAGCUGCUUCACAAACGCUACCCGGUCGCCCCCGUGGCCCCUCAGCUGGUCAUACGGAGGGCACGGGUCUACCUCAACUCAGGCAAACUACAGAAGGCUGAAUACAUAUUGAGCCAUCUUAUCAUCAGCAGUGGAGCCACAGGGUACUGGGUGUAUGGCUCUGAAAGCGACCGUGCUCUGGUACAGGCUGUCAGCCUGCAAGUGCGCGGGAUGGUUUUGCAAAAGCUCGGCCUGUGGCUGGAGGCCGCCCUGCUCGUCUGGGCAUCUCUGGUCGGUUACUACGCUCUGCCUCAGCCAGAUAAGAAGGGCAUCGGGACCUCUCUCGGCAUCCUGGCUAACAUUCUGGUGUCCAUGAAUGAUGAGGACUUCAGUGCUUUCAAGGCCAACCCAGAUAUUGACUUAUCUUUGCUUGGCGAUGCAAGCCAUCGUCUCCUGUCAGCAGCCAAGGCAGCCAAAAUGGCGGUGGUAUACAGCCAGUACACGUCGCUCUAUGUGCUGACCAAUGCGACAGCGCAAGGGACCUGCUUGCUGUCGUACAGUUUCUCAGUGGCGUGUCCCCCCACACUGAGGAAGCCCUUCCUCCUGCAGGCCAAAAAAGCAUUUGAGAUUGGCCUCCUCACCAAAGCAGAUGGCGAGGUGGUCACCAGCAAGCAGGAGCUCCACACUUUCAUCAAGGCUGCUUAUUCGCUCGUCGUCACUCACAAAUGGCUCAGCGGGUCUUCGGAGGCCGUGAAGCAUGCCACGCAAGCCUGCCAAGAAGCUUUGGCCCAUUUUUACCGCUACUGCCAUCCACACACUCAGGAAAGAGGCGGCUCCUGCGUGGAAAUCAUGCGGCUGAUCGCGCAAGUCAAGCUGGAGUUGCAAGUGGAGCCUUUCGUCAAUUCUGAUGACCGUUCUUUUAUCCCCGAUAGCUACAGAAACAUUAGUGACACGUUGGUUGGUUUCACUAUGGAAGUCUUCUCCAAGCUGUUGCAGAGAUUUCAAAAGUAUCACGCGUCAUUGUGCGGGACCACCGAAGCAAAGUGUAAGGCCGGGAAGGAGGAAGAGGAUGGAGCAAGGAUGUGCAUGACUGCACUGGGGACAACAGUGGAUGCAUUCAACACUGAAUGCAUGACAGACGCCUGCAAGCCUUCAAAAGAAGAUGCUCCUCGACCGCCUGACAGUGGAAGUGUAGAUGGCCUUAGCUCUUCGUGGCAGAAGCUCUCCUUGAAAAGUUCCCGGUUUCCACGGCUCGGUAGUAGCGGUGGCUACUCAGGAAGAAGUGCCGCUGGACCUGAAAAUGUUGGCUCUGCUACGUUCCUGAAAUCGGAAAGACCAGACACUUCCUUAUGCUCAAGUCGUGGUUCUGACAAGUUUGAAGUAAUAGAAGCUGAAAUACCGACAGUCGACUCUGAUGUCGCAGACGACGAUCGUGGGCCAGAAGAUGGAGCGCCGCAGUCCUUAUCGCAGUUGAUACUAAGAUCAAGCUCUCUGAGCAACAGUUUUGGUUCCAAGUCAUCAGGGGAAAACAUCUCAGCAGGCUCAAGAUCCAGGACUGCAGGGACCCGCCAAAGCAGCAAAUCAUCGGAGACCAGCGGAAGCUUCUUUCUCAUGAGAACACAAGAUUCAGAGACCAGUGAUCCGGAGUGUGACCCUACUUCUGAAUGGGAAUUUCUGGGUAUUCCCAAACGUGUAGACACCCCUAAUGUAGCAAUUCCAGAAGAGUGUAGCAGUACUGAAUUCUCCACACAAGACUCCCAUGGCGUACCGGAGGAGGUCACGGUUGAUCUUGAAAGCUUGAACCCUUGGUGCCACAGCUGCCUGAAGCAUAACGCCUUUGCUUGUGUUGCUCCAGAGGGGAAGUAUUCUUUGUCUCAGGAGGACUACAAGAGCCUCCUGGCUGGGGUUUGUCAUGAAUGUCUGCUGAAGAGACUGCAGAGCAACAAGAGGAAGUUCCAACUGGACCGAUACAGCACAGCCCACAGUGCUCUUCAUUUGAAGUUCUCCAAGGCCACAGGACUGUGGACGGCGAGGGAGACCUGUGCAUACAUCGGUCAGUUAAUGAACUUGCACGGCACUCACAGAAGCGCCAUCUGGGUCCAGUUCUUGCACCAGGAGGAGAGGCUGAGCAGUUACGUCGGGAAGGACUACCGUAAGCCGACGCAGAUUCAGUUUCACCUGAGAGACGUGGAGAGACAGAUGACGGCCCAGUAUUACGUCACAGAAUUCAACAAGAGACUCUAUGACAAGGAGGUCAUGGCCCAGAUGUUCUUCCUGCCAUCAGAGGUGCUAUUGAUUCUAGAAGGAGAUGAAAUAGCGGGCUGCAUCACAGUGGAGCCCUACAUGCUCGGCCAGUUUGUCAAACUCACCAACAACAAGGAAAAGAAGAACAACAAGCUCCCGGCAACGGAAUACGGCCUCGCUUUUGGACAUUUCACCUACCUUCACUCCAACUGCCAGGAAGUUGUGGUGGACUUGCAAGGGUGGGUGACAGCCAGCGGCAAAGGACUGACGUAUCUCACUGACCCACAGAUUCACUCCACCAGGACCUCCCGAGGCCCCAACUUCGUUCACAGCGGUAUCACUUCCUUCCUGCGGGACCAACACGGACCAGAAUGCAACAGUGUGUGCCAGCUGCUCAAUCUGAAGCCGGUGCCUAAACAGUGAUACAGCCAUGUGUGCAUUAAAUAAUAGAAAUGUAAUUACCGUAAAUGCUCCAACUGACACCUCUCUUCAAGACUCUCCUGUCAUUGCCGGGUGAGUCGUCUCCAAAACUGCAGAGGUUAUUUGGCAAUAACAGCUGUGGUUGCAGGAAACCUCCUUAUGUAUUUUUUUAGUAACUCCACAAGAGUGAAGUAGCUGCAUUUAUUUAUCGAAGCACCUUUAUCUACCUCUGCAAGCGCUUUAAAAUGUUACUACUCCUCUGUUGGUGUGAAAAUCUUGUUACACUUGCCGUACCGGUACUUUUAGGGUUUACAAUGAACUCAUCAGGGCUACGAAAGCUGGCUGAGCAGUUUGCUCCUUUCCGCUGUUACAACAUUGCUUCUAUUGCUGCUGUGUUGCACAAUAUACUUACUAACAGAUGAACACGUGGUAACUUUCUCAGGGAAAAAUUCACUUAUUUAUAAUGAGUGUUCAAAACUGUGAAAUAACCACCUCUCUGGUUUUUACCAGCUUCCAAUGAACAUCCAGUUGUCUUUGCGGCUUAGGUAAAUCAAUAACCACUGAUUAAUUUGUCUUGAUAAUAAUGGGAAUAACAGAUGAUUGGGAUUUUUAUGAUAUAUUUGUUAUAUUUUUUAUUUUUAUAUUUGAUUGCAGUUGACAGCUGUACCAGUGCUGGAUAUGAGUGGCUUGUAGUCUGACCGGUUUGACAGUGCAUAAAUCACCUGACACAUGGACCAAAAGCCACCUUGAAUGUAACUUCGUUCUGUGACUGACAAAAUAUGGCGUCAUAUACGUAGUCAGUGAAUGACACACAAACACACUAGUCGUCAGGUGAUUUCUUUAUCUUAUUGUGCCAAGCGUCACGCUGAUCAUGUGAUUUCAUUUGUUUUCGUAACUAAUAAAAUAGAAGUGUGACCAAGAUCUGCCGUGUUGUGCUUCACCGGGCAAACUGUUACAAUGUGGAUUUUGAAUAAUUAUAAUUAAAUGUGUUAAGUUCUCUAUUAACAGAAAUGCAGGACAGGUGUCCAUAUCAUAUGACUGUGACG